AUGGAGAUCUAUAGUACUAAGGCUGCAGCUAAUAAGAAUCGUCGAAAAUCUAACUUGGAUGGCGAUAUUGUUGAUGCUAAUGAUGAAUCUUUGUUAGAUGUUUAUCAUCAAAAUAUCUCCGCUGACAUUGACCGUUUGGCUCAUGAAUUCUCCACCCUCCAUGAAAAGUGUCUCGAACCUGAAAUUCCUGACACCGUCGACACCUUCGUUCGGAUCAUCGAAUUAAGGAUUAAAAGAUAUAAUUCCACAAAACCAGGCAUGAGGUGUGGUAAGAUGGUGACAGACCAGGAAGAUCAAUAUUUCACAGAUGCCAUUACACGUUUAUCAAAACUGAAGAUCGUUUUGAGCGAGUUCCCAAAUACUACGCCAUCGCUUGAUCGGAUCACCGACGUCCUGCAACAAGCCAUGACCUUAAUGCAAGACGAGUUUCAGGCUCUUUUACUAGAUUAUACUGCUCCUUCCGAACCCAUAACCAUUUGCAAGAAGCCCAACUCUUGUACAUCUCUGGAACCAGACAACAACCAACAAGAUUUUCCAGGUUACUCAAAAGAUAACAUGAUUUUGAUGCAAAAAAUCGUAGCCGUCAUGAUCCAUGCAGGCUACCAAUAUGAAUGUUGCCAGGUGUAUAGCACGGUACGCAGAGAUGCUUUGCAUGAGCAAGUCAAAAGGUUCGGAUUCGAAAAGGUGAAUGUUGAAGACGUUCAUAAAUCGAAAUGGGCUUCCCUUGAGCCAGAUAUAUCACGAUGGGUCAAUUUAGCCAACUAUUCUUCUGACGUUCUUUUCCCUGCCGAAAGAAAGCUUGGCGAGACUGUGUUUUCUAAUCAUAUAUCGGUUUUCACAGGCUUAUUUAUCAACCUCAUUCAUGGGGUCACCGCCUUACUUGUUGAUUUUGCAACAGCCGUGGCAAUGACGAAGCCAAAGGCAAAGAGGUUGUUCAAAUUCCUGGAUAUAUACGAGGCACUGGGUGGUAUUGGACGUGCCUUGGUGGAUGAAUCAAACUCACAUGUAAAACUAGAAGAAUAUUGCAAUCUCCAGUCGGAAAUAUCAUCUGUUAGGGGUAGCAUGGGAGAGACAGUGGUGAUCAUAUUCAACGAUCUAAACAACUCCAUCCGCAAUGACACUAACAAAACUCCCGUUCAGGGGGGUGCAGUACACCCGCUAACACGCUACGUCAUGAACUAUCUAAAAUGUGCAUUUGACGAGUACAAAGACACAUUGGAACAUAUAUUACGACAACAUGUUCACGAAGCUUCAUCUCAAGUAGUGGAGGAUAAGUCAUCAUUGUCGAAACAAUUAUUUUCUGUGAUUGAGCUGUUAGACGCCAACCUGGAGGUAAAAUCAGGAUUGUACAAAGACCCAUCGUUGCGAUGCAUAUUUCUGAUGAACAACAACAGGUUCAUAUUACAAGUAGUGAAGGGGAAUAAGGAGAUGAAAGAAGCGAUGGGAGAUAAUUGGUGUCGACGCAAGUCAUCGGAUGUACGAAACUACCACACGAGUUACCAGAGGGAAACAUGGAACAAGUUGUUACAAUGCAUCACCCAAGAAGGCGUCCAAGUGAACGGGAAACCCAACAGACGGAUAGUGAAGGAGAAGUUGAAGAAUUUUAAUGGGAUGUUUGAUGAGAUAUACAAGACGCAGAGCACGUGGGUGGUGAACGACGAACAAUUGUUAUCAGAGAUUCGGGUUUCCAUAACGGCUGUGGUGAGUCCAGCCUAUAGGUCAUUCAUUGGCAGGUAUAAACCCCAGUUCGAAGGGGCCAAAAGCAUUGAUAAGUACAUCAAGUAUCAACCUGAAGAUAUUGAGGCAAUGAUGGAGACCUUAUUCGAAGGUACGGAGAAGGUAGAGAGUCAAAUGAAUGGCAUACAAGCAGCAUCAACCGUGAAGCAAACAGCGGGAGCCUUUAAAAGUCUACUGAAAACUUAUAAAAACGUAGGACUCAUGUAA